AUGAGAAUGUUGGCCAGAAAAUUAAAAUUUGCAAAUUGUGUGUCUAAUGAGCAAGAGGGAGGUAAGAUUUGGAUUUUUUGGAGAGAGGAGUUUGUAGUAGAUUGGGUGGGAGCAUCGAACCAGGCUAUACAUGGCAUCUUUUCUAAGGGAUCAAGUACAGUAAUAAUUUCUUUCGUCUAUGCUAAAUGUUCUGCUCUAGAAAGGAGGUUGCUAUGGCAGGAGUUGGAGAGCAUUAUGGUUAGCAAUUUACCUAGGAUUGUUGCUGGUAAUUUUAAUAUCAUUAGAAAUGAUUCAGAGCGAAAGGGUGGGAGACCACGUCCAAUGGUGGCGAUGGAUGAUUUCAACUAUUGUAUUGAUAGAUGUGGGUUGAUAGAGCUAAAUGCGGAGGAGAGGAAGUUUACAUGGUGCAAUGGCCAAGAUGGAGCAACAAGGAGUUGGGCUCGACUUGAUCGAACUUUUACUAAUUCCAUGGCAGCCAGUUUGUUCCCGAAUAUGGGCUUGAGAUUGUUGGCGAAGGAGACAUCUGAUCACUGUCCAUUGCUUAUACAUUUUAAGCAGCCAAGGGUCUCAUAUGGACCCUCACCUUUUCGUUUCCAGCGUAUGUGGUGUGAACAUGAAACCUUUAUGUCUUGUCUUAAGGAAGCGUGGGUGGAUUGUAAUCAGGAUGUGGCGUUGGGAGGUCUACAAAAGUUGGCUGGAAAGCUAAAAAGGACUAAAUUGGCGCUAAAAGUGUGGAAUAAAAAAGUCUUUGGAAGGGUUGACCACAUUAUAUUAGAGCUUCAGGAGAGAGUAGAGAUACUUGAAGAGUCAUUGCAAGAGGGGUUCUCGUAUGAUGUGGAACAGGACUUUUUAGUGACCAACAUUGAGUUAGCGGAGUGGCAGAAGCGAGAAGAAAUAAGACUCUCUCAAGUAGCAAAGAAGCGAUGGCUUAGGGAGGGGGAUAACAACACUAAGUUUUUUCAUGCUGUCAUUGCCCAACAUCGAAAAAAUAGGAGGUUGGACCAAAUGAUGCUAGAAAAUAGAACUCAAUUAUCUUCUCCACAACAAAUACAUAUGGAGGCAGUGAGAUAUUUUCGGAAUUUUCUUACUGAAGAACACGUGGGGGCAGUACCAAAUUUAUCUAGCUUGAUUGAUGAUACCUUAACUGAUGAAGAGGGUCAAUAUCUUUGUGCUAUGCCGAUUGAAAAUGAAGUAAAAGAGGCUGUCUUUGUGAUUCCCAUGGAUAGUUCCCCUGGGCCAGAUGGGUUUGGAUCAAGUUUUUUAUCAAAUGCUGGGAUAUUGUCAAAAAGGAAGUGGUCGAAGCUGCAUAGGAUUUCCUUGGAGGAGGAGAGCUUAAUCGGUUUUACACAUCCUCUUAUAUUGUCCUCAUUCCGAAGGUGGAGGAACCGAAUGGUCGAGCAAGGAGUUUUCGUUGCUGGAAGAAACAUUGUUGAAAAUAUCAUUCUAACGCAGGAGUUAGUAUAA